CGGCUGCUGUCCAACCCUCAUUUAUUUUCUUUUUCUGCGGUGUUAUUGUAAAUCAAUGUCAGAGGUCAGAAAACUGCUUUAAAAUAACUAUAACCAAGAAGUCGGUCAACAGUCCAAUUUUAAUGGCAAAGCGAUUUACAAAAUCCGCCAUUAAUUGGGCGGAGUUCCAGAAGAGGGUGCCACCUGAAGAGCAAGGAAAGUUCCUGGCGUUCAAAGCUAAGGCCGAUUUGUAUUUGCGGCGGGUGCAAGCAAACCCUCCCGAGCCACCAAAAAUUAAUUGGGAGGAAUAUGCCAAAAUAGUACCAGUAACAGGACUAGUAGAGAAGUUCAAGUCAGAAUACGCAGGAGUUAAGAUUCCCUAUCCCGAGGAUAAACUUUCAUGCAAAAUAGACGAGCAAUGGAAGUCUCUAGAACCUCAGAUAAAAUCUUUUUGUGCGGAAAUACAAAAAGAUAUUGAUGCAGCACAAAAGGAUAUCGAUAAGAUAAACGCAUUGCCUAAGUUCGAUGAUAUUACAAUGGAAAUGCUGUACGAUAUGUCGCCGCAGGAAGCCUUCGACCCUGUGAAUCGACCGACAUUCUGGCCUCAUAAUCCUGAAGAACAGCCAGGUUAUAUGACUCCUGAACAAAAAGCACUAAAGAAACACUGA